AUGACCGGCACAAAUUCGCUUCCCUUUGACCUGCCCGAGGGCGAGGACGUCCCCGAUCUCUACGAGGUGCUCAACACCCACCGCGAGGCUACAUCCGACGACCUGCGCCGCGCCUACCGCAAGCGCGCCUUGCAGACACACCCCGACAAAUGGACGCACCUGGACCCCGACUCAGCCGAGGCCAAGGCCAAGACCAUCGAGUUCCAAAAGGUCGGUUUCGCGUACACGAUACUGAAGGACACGAAGCGGCGCCAAAUAUACGACCGCACGGGCAGCGUCGAAAACCUCGACACCCUGGAGGCGGGCAAGGACUGGGACGCGUAUUUCCGCGAGCUGUGGUCGGGCAUUGUCGAUGCGACGACCAUUGCGCAGUUUGCAAAGACGUACAAGGGCUCGGAUGAGGAGAGGCAGGACAUUAUUUCCGCGUACAAUUUGCAUAGCGGAGACCUGGACUUGAUCUUCACCGAAGUCAUGCUGGCUGAGAUCGAGGACGAGCAGAGGUUCGUCGAGGUCAUUGAAAAGGCGAUCAAGGACAAGGAGCUCAAGCGCACCAAGGCAUUCACAAAGUCAAAGAAGGGGUCAAAGGAGCGCAAGAGGAAGGCUGAGGCUGAGGCCGCCGAGGCAAAUGCGCUGAGGAAGGAGCUUGGGCUCGAUGACCAGCUGCGCAAAGCGCUGAUCCGCCAGCGGUCCUCCAACCGGAUGGACUCGAUCAUCGCCAAUAUUGAAGAAAAAUACAUCCAGCAGGCGAGCAAGAAGGGGAAAAAGAACGGCAAAGCCAGCAAGAAGCAAAAGACCGCCAAGCCGACCUUUUCAGAGCCGUCCGAGGAGGAGUUCCAGGCACUGCAGGCCAAGCUCUUUGGAAAAAAGUAA